AUGCCCCCUUGUAUCGCAUCAGCAACAUGCGCACGUCACCCCUUCACGAGUCCUCCAGUUUUAUUACGAAAAAAUUUUUACACCGCUGUUUCGAACAAGACCUUUCCCCUAGCGGCAUUACAGACACACUUGUUACGCAGAACAUCAUUGGGCUUGAUGCCAAGGAAGUCGCUCGAAGUAAUACUAGAUGAUAAUCGACGUAGUUACAGUGCAAUCCCUUCUUUAUCUUUUUCGCCACUCUUGCGAGUUAUUGAUACAGACGUAUUGACUUCUCGUCCUACUACCGCCGCAACAUUCUUGCUAUCAAAAAGAACCAUGAAGCGCAGCAGCACCGGUUCUGCGAAGUCGGGCGACUCUUCGGCUGCAAAACGCGCCAAAGUCGACGCUUCUUCAUCUGCGCAAACCAACAUCGGCAUCCACAUUUUCACCCGGGACUUUCGCAUCGAGGACAACCGCGCGUUAGUUGCAAAUCUCGCAAAAUGCGACAAGGUCCUGCCCAUCUUCGUCUUCACUCCCGAGCAGACGAAGGAAAGCGACUACUUCAGCAGCCACAGCUUCGCCUUUCUCCUCGCCGCGCUGCACGACCUGAACACCGCUUUGAAGCAAAAAUUAGCUGUGUUCUACGGCAAGCAUACCGAUGUUCUUACCCGCUUAGUGGAGGCGUUACGGAAGGAGAGUAAGUCCGUUACCUACGUCAGCAUCGCGGAGGACUACACGCCGUACGCGAAACUGCGGGAGCAGGGCCUGAAGGAACAGCUGGAGAAGCUGCAAGUGCCGUUUCACGCAAUAGAGGAUCACAACAUCACGAAAGGGGGCUUGCACGACUUGAGGUCGGGGACGGGGACGAAGUACCGGGUUUUCACGCCUUUUUACAACGCGGCGAAAAAACUGGCCUUGGAACCGAUUCUGAAAGGAAAAUUCGACGUGGACAAACACUUGCUCACCACUGCGGUCCCGAAAAUUAGUUUUUCUACUUGCGCAUCUUAUUCCCUGCAACAGGCGGAACAGGAGCUUUUAAUGAACAAUAAAAACGCGCCAUCCGUGGGCGCCAAUUUCGACUUGUCGACGCUAGUGGCGCAGUACCGAGGGAGUGGUGCGGCGAGCGCACACGCAGCUGCGAAACCAUCUAGUGGUGAAACCAAACGCAAGCUCGGCGUCCACGUGCCGGCGACGCGGAAAGCCGCGUUGCAUCGACUUGAAACGUACCCGUUCAAUCAAUAUCUGAGCAACCGCGACCGCGUGGAGCAGGAGUGUUCGUUGCUCAGCCCGCACUUCAAAUUUGGUCUGAUCUCCGCGCGGGAGGCCUUUGUGCUUGUCACCUGCCGCGCCGACAGCGAUGCGACGAGCAAGGAGGGCUUUCUGCGCCAGAUGUAUUGGCGGGACUUCUACCAAUACGUCACCCUGCACCAUCCCUGGAUCCUCGCCGGGAUGCGAACCUGCUCGCUCGGGAAGCAGCAGGGGAAAGGUACUUGGUCUUGUCAAGACAGAAGUUCUUGUAAUACUCUGUUGGACUAAAAAUUGGUAUCAGACAAUACUCGCAGGAAGAUUUUUUCCGAAUUUGCAGGGGGGAAAUCGAUGCUCUAACUUCUGUUCUUACUCACGAAUUAGUACAGUGUCUUUUAAAUGAAAUUGUACCUACUUACAGCCUUCGAACUGGACGGCAAGACGCUGCUCUCCAACCAGAAUUUCACGAAAGAGUAUACGGUGGCCGACAUCGACUGGAAACGGGACAACGCCGCGCUGGAAAAGUGGAAAACCGGCACCACCGGCGUCCCGCUGGUGGACGCGGGCAUGCGGGAGAUGCUGCAGACGGGGUUCAUGCACAACCGGUGCCGCAUGGUCACUGCGAUGUUUCUGACCAAAAACCUGCUGCAGGACUGGCGGAUCGGCGAGAAAUUUUUCGCACAGCACCUCGUCGACUACGAUCCCAUGAGCAACAACGGCGGGUGGCAGUGGUCGAGCUCGACGGGGGCGGACGGCUCGCCGUAUUUCCGCAUCAUGAACGCGCAGUCGCAGUUGCAGAAGGUGGAUCCCCAGUGCGGGUACACGAAAAGAUACGUCCCGGAGGUGGCGGGGGUGUUGACGAAAGACCUGCACAAUUGGGAAGAGAAAAAGUACAACGGGAAGUACCUCAGCGGCGCAGCGGCGGCGAAAGGGAAUUUGAAUCUAGCUGCGGUAAACCCGCUGUUUGUGAACAAAAAGGCGCUGGAGAAACAAGGGAAUAGUGCUUCCUCUUCAUCCGCGGCGGGUACAGCAGCAGGCGUGGAAAGUGGAAAGUUCAAAUACUAUGCACCCAUGGUAGACUUGAAGAAAACAAGACUGAUGGCCAUUGAAGCGUUCAAGAAGGCUGGCAGUAAGAAGGCACAAGGGUCGUGA